CCGUCAGGUGUGACAUCAUCGCUAGCAGGGAAGGGACUUGUGGCUGUGAGGAAUGCCGGUUUCAGAUUUCAUCUUUGCACACAGACUCAAACCUUAGAGGAAUUAGUGUUUUCGAGUACCUACACUUGCAUGGACAUUUAUGCUUCGACUUGUAUUUGUAUGUCCGUGCUGGGCUGGAAAGAGUGAAGUGACUCAGAGCUCUUUAACAGCAGCCAUCUCACUCUCUGUCUCCACCUUGUGGCCAAUCUGAUCACUUAUUGUUCUGGCUCUUAUUCCCAAAUUACCCAUUGUGAUUGCUGUUUAUUGGAUUUGAGUCAAACAGAUAGCUGCCCAGGACAGGGAAGGAGCCUGCUUCGUCCAUGUAUGGGCAGUGAGUUGAGUUCACUGGCGCCACAAUCACUUGAGGAAACAUAAGUGAUCCACCCGUAUCCAGAAGCAAAGACAAAGCUGUACGCUGACCUCUCCCUAAGCACUACUCACACAGGCAGCACCUACAGCUGCACCCACCGAUUCCUUUCCUAGCCGCGCCAACCCUGUCCAAGGUGCUGAAGAAUAACACAUCCUUGGGAAGCUCCCAGGGGCUGCGACAGAAAAUGUAAUCUUGGAAAAUAUAAGGGCCUGUCUGCCUUCAAACCAAACCAGAAGAUCUUACUACAAGGACAAUCCUGGCAGGCAUUUAAAGAGGAAAGAAAGAGGAGUGAUCAUGGCUGCUUGGGAGAACAUAUUCUGGACUGAUUCAGUUCUGCUCUUCUUAAUGGUUGUCCUUUGUUCUCCUGUGUGUGUUGAAGUCCCAUCUGGUACAGACGCUGUAAAGGGAGAGAACAUGACCUUGUUGUGCAUCUCUUGCAUGAAGAGGGAGGAAGUUGCUGCCACCACCAAUGUAAGGUGGUUCUAUCAACCAGAGGAUGGGCAAGAAAUACUUAUUUAUGAAUAUGAUGGAAAACCUUUGGAAUCAAAAAGUCCACUGCAAGGUCGGCUUCAGUGGACUGGAAGCAAAGAUCUGCAGGAUGUUUCUAUCACCAUCCUCAAUGUAACAACCAAUGAUUCAGGACUUUUUACCUGCUAUGUGAACCGUACUCUGCACUUUGAGGCACACCGUCACUUAACGCAAAGCAAGAAAAGCAUCACACUAAAGGUCACGGAAGAAGCUGGUGAAGACUUUACUUCAGUUCUUUCUGAAAUUAUGAUGUAUUUUCUUCUUGCCUUCCUUACCUUCUGGCUAUUAGUAGAAGUUGUAUAUUGCUACAGGAAGAUCUCCAAGGCAGAGGAAGUCACACAAGAAAGCGUUACUGACUAUUUAGCCAUACCAUCUGAAAACAAGGAAAACUGUUCUGUUCCAGUGGAAGAAUAAGAUUUCAGCAGAAGCAGAUAAAAGGUUGUAAGAACCUCAGAACAGGUUGAUCAGCAUCUUGUCAACAAUCAAACUGAAACUAGCCAUACACGUGGAGUCUCCCUAAAUGAAUUUAUUACUUCUUUGUGGGAUCCAGUAUAAAUGCCUUAGCCAUUAUAUACACUUCUGUGUUUAUUAGUUUCCUAUUUACAGUAAGAUGUAAGUAUUCUGUCUCCCAAAAUGUGUCCAUUAAGGGGAAGAAUAGAAUAUGUACAAAGCACAAGUUUUGGAAAUAUGUAGUGGAGAAGAGCUGUUGGCUACAAAAUAUUGUGCAAGUAUAGGUUCUGAUAUCCAGAAUGGUUUGAGGUUUUCCAUAUAAUAGGUCUUCAUAAUGGAGCACAAUGCCUUAGAUCACUAAAGAACAUUUAAUUUAUAAUGGCCUUUCUCUGUACUAGAUCCUAUAGUGUAGUCUAUAAUUUGGCUUGGAGCAUAAGAAGGCUUAUAUUAAUGCAACAUAACAGAAGGAUCCCAUGGACUUUUUAAACUUUGAGACAAUUCUACACAGUUAAUGUGUUUAAUGUCCACAGAGAUAUGGUUGCUUAUAAUAUUAAUAUCACUACAGUGAACAUAUAUCUGCCACAUAUUUAAAGUACUUUUUGAGAUACACUGCAUAAAAAAGGGAACUUCUUCCCUGCACUGCCAUAUACUGUGCACAUUAUGUCUACUAGGAUAUUACACAGUAUGGUCUUUAACUACUAGAGAAUGCAUUUUUUAGCUGAUAAGGAUAUUGUAUUCCUGUGUUUAUAUCAACUGCCAGUGGUACCAUAAAAAUAUACCUUAUUUUUUUCACUUA